AUGGUGGCAACUCCACCGCUCUCCAAAGUUGAAUAUCUGAAGCGUUACUUGUCUGGGGCAGAUGCCUGCCAGGAAGGAGGUUCAGAGUCCCUUCGGAAGAGGUACAAAAAAGGACCAAAGCUGGGAGGCACCACUGGCAAUGGAUUGCGGAUUGUUGAUGAUGAUGUGGGCUGGGCAGCUAUCUCUACUGCUAAGCCGGAAAAGGAGGAGGACGAGGAUGGAGAUUUGCCUGAGGUGGCUGAGUUCGCUGAUGAGCGUCCAGAAGAGGUAAAGCAUAUAGAGGCCUUCCGCUCCAGUGCCAAAUGGAAGCUCCUGGGAAACCACAGUGGAGAUGGACAUACCAUCAUGAUGAACCAGAUCCAACUUCUCCUAGGAGGGAGGGCCCAUCUCUCUCCUCCUGAAAGGAAUACCCAUUCCAGAAAGAAGACUGUAUUUCGAGACAAGUCUGGUCAGAAGAGGAAUUUGAAGCUGGAACGCCUGGAGCAGAGGAGAAAAGCAGAGAAGGACUCAGACAGAGAUGAGCUCUAUGCCCAGUGGGGCAAAGGGCUUGCUCAGAGCCGGCAACAGCAGCAGAAUGUAGAGGAUGCCAUGAAGGAGAUGCAGAAGCCUCUGGCCCGCUGUGUCGAUGAUGAAGAUCUGGAUCGGAUGUUGAGAGAACAAGAAAGAGAGGGGGACCCGAUGGCCGACUUCAUUAAGAAGAAUAAGGCUGAGGAGAACAAGCACAAGAAAGCAAGGCCUCGCUAUAAUGGUCCUGCACCUCCUCCCAAUAGAUUCAGUAUCUUGCCUGGCUACCGCUAG